UCUAGUAGACAUACACUCUGGAGAACUGAGAACUUACUCUGGAGCCACUUCUCUACAACCAAAUGAGGUACUUGGAUUUGAAUUGGACUGAUUUGAAUUGAUUGAGUUGAACUGAACUGGAUUGAUUGGACUGAAAUGGACCCUUGCUGAGUAAUCUGGAUUGGAUCAAGGUAUACAGACAGGAUCUCUAUGGGAUGAGCUGCUUGUUGUUUUUAUCAUGGAGAAGAUGGGCCUAAUGGAAAUACUCUUCAUUACUUUCAAUCACAACGUCACUUUUCUGGGGAAGACAUGGUUGAUCUUGAUGGUGGUCCUGAGGUUACUCAUCCUCCUGUUCUCUGGCUAUCCCCUCUUCCGGGACGAGCAGGAGCACUUUGUGUGCAACACCAUCCAGCCAGGCUGCACCAACGUCUGCUUCGACAGCUUUGCUCCCCUCUCCCUCUUCCGCUUCUGGCUGUUCCAACUGAUCAUGCUCUGUCUCCCUCACCUGAUGUUCAUCUCUUAUAUCAUCCACAAAGUAUCGUCAACUCUCCGUAUCAGAGGGAACUAUUUCUCUGGGAGCAGAAGUCAGACCGGAGCAGGCACUCUGUGCACCCCUCUACACGCUCUACCAAAAGGAACACCUAACUUUGUAAGUGCCUAUCUUCUGGAUGUGAUACUGCGGAUUCUGCUGGAGGCAGCGUUCAGUGCCGGACAGUACUACCUCUAUGGCUUCUCUGUCCCCAGGAGCUUCCAGUGCUAUGAAUUUCCCUGUACGUCCAUGGUGGAGUGCUACAUAUCCAGCCCCACAGAGAAGACCAUCAUGCUCAACUUCAUGCUGGCGGCUGCCUCCCUCUCUCUGCUACUGAACUUGGCAGAUCUUGUGUGCUCUGUGCAAUGGAUGGUGACACAGAGGACCAAGAGAAAGGGCAGACGGUUGAUGAAAGGUGGGGUUGGGGAGGACAUGGAAGUCCUGUACAACCAGAACCACAAGACCCCCAAAACUGUCCUCAAGAGAGGACAAAGUCACAUGGACAAACCAACCUUGAACUGUAAUCCAAACGGUGACGUUUCACACAGAAGAGUCAGAAUAAAUGAUGAGACUCGCGUUAGGGUGGUUGCCCAACCACUGCAGGGGAGCAGGCUGCCGCGGAGGGAUGCAAAGAUUGAGCCGCCAUUUCACCCCAUUCCUAUGGGGGCUCCAUGGAGCGGGCACUUCGUUCAUCCCAACCACAUCUCCCGUUCAUCUUCCGUCCCUCUCUCCCGGCAGUUAGAGAGAGACCCAGUAGUAGUGUCACGCCAAUUUACACCCUCACAAAUGUACAGUGGUCGGAGGCAUGGCCAGUCCACCAUGGUAGACACAACACUCCUGGAGCAGCAUCAUGAUAGUGCAGAAUCCCGUGAUAGGCUCCUGGACGACAUCAACCUGCAGGAAGUAAGGGGAUCCUCAAGCUCUUCCAGUGAUUCUUCUUCCUCAUCAGAUGCUCAGUAAAGUAGAUUGUUUUAUUUAGACCUAUGUAAUUCUAUGCGAAGCAGCAACACAACAAUGGGAGAGCUGUGUUUUUUAGUUCAACAACUCUGAUGAUUUACUCAUUACAUACACUUAAAUUCAUUUUUCCCCAAAUUGUAAUAAUAGGCUACAUUGCAUUUUGCUGUUGUGACUUCGCACUUUCAGCUCUACAAACAGAAUGUGUUCACUGUAUGUGUUAGCUAACAGAAUUAUAAUGGGUGAUCCAAUUUAAUGCCAGUUAGUUGACUUUCAAUGAGCAAUGAUGGCCGCACUCCGCUGUUGUUCAGCUCACACGGUCUUUCAUUGGGUUCCCAAACAACAGUCAGAGAAGACUGACAUGCCCUGACUCAUCAGAAGCUAAGACCACUUGGAGAACUGAGGGAAACAAAGGAACAUUACUCCUCUACCAGGGUGGCAGGUAGCCUAGCGGUUAAGAGCGUUGGGCCAGUAAUCGAAAGGUCGAAUCCCUGAGCCGACUAGGUGAAGAAUAUGUUGAUGUGCCCUUGAGCACAUGUUACAUUCAGCAUCACCCCUUCAAGGGAAAUAUAGUUUUCUUUCUAACAAAGAUAUUGACAUAUAUUUCAGUAUGUUGUGCAUCCCUGGAAAUAAUUUUAAAAACCGUUUUGAAAACAUACACUAUAUAUACAAAAGUAUAUGGACCCCUUCAAAUGAGUGGAUUUGGUUAUUUCAGCCACACCGUUGCUGUAUAAAAUCAAGCACACAGUCAUGCAAUCUCUAUAGACACACAUUGGCAGUAGAUUGGCUGAAGUGCUCAGACUUUCAACAUGGCACCGUCAUAGGAUUGACAUUUUAGUCAUUUAGCAGAUGCUCUUAUCCAGGGCAACUUACAGUAGUGAGUGCAGACAUUUUCAUACUGGUCCCCCGUGGGAAUCAAACCCAUAACCCUGGCAUUGAAAUCACCAUGCUCUACCAACUAAGCUACAAAGGAUGCUAUCUUUUCACCAGGUCAGUUGGUCAAAUUUCUGCCCUGCUAGAGCUGCGCCAGUCAACAGUAAGCGCUGUUAUUGUGAAUUGGAAACGUCUAGGAGCAAAAACGGCUCAGCCGCAAAGUGGUAGGCCACUUAAGCUCACAGGAUGGGACCGCCGAAUGCAGAAGCGCGUAGCAGGUAAAAAUCAUCUGUCCCCGGUUGCAACAAUCAUUACUGAGUUCCAAACUGCCUCUGGAAGCAACGUCAGCACAAUAACUGUGUCGAGAACUUCAUGAAAUGGGUUUCCAUGGCCGAGAAGCCGCACACAAGCCUAAGAUCACCAUGGCAAUGCCAAGCGUCGGCUUGAGUGGUAUAAAGAACGUCCACAUACUUUAGUAGUGUAUCUUUUCCAAAGAAAGUGGUCCCUUGGAACAACUUACUUAAGUGGGUGAUGAUGCUGGUAGGUCAAAGGUUAAUUAAAGGAAUGGGCUUGUGGUAUAUGCAUCUUAAAUAUAUGCCUACAUUCAGAUAUAGUUGUCUGGGACAGGGAUGUUGUUUCAUUUUUCAAUUCGUAGGCAAGUUCUCUACAUUUAUAUAAUUUGUUUUUUAAGUAAUUAUACAGACUAUUAAACAUUUAUGUACACAUGGGGCUGCCAUAAUCAUUACCUUGUUUGUUUUAAGGCUCCCGAGUGGUGCAGCUCAGUGCUAGAGGCGUCACUACAGACCCUGGUUCAAUUCCAGGCUAUAUCACAACCAGCUGUGAUUGGGAGUCCCAUAGGGCGGCACACAAUUGAGCCAGCGUUGUUUGUAUAGGGUUUGACCGGGGUAGGCUGUCAUUGUAAAUAGGAAUUUGCUCUGACUUGCCUAUUUAAACAAAAAAUAUUUGUAAAAGUCCACGAAACAACAGGGUCGCGUAACAUCUGAAUAAGUGUAUGCCAUUGUCUUUACUGCCCUCCACUGGUAGAUAAAUGAAAGUGCAGAUACAAGAAAGAACCACUCUGCCAGAGAUGAAAAAUUCUUAAUCCAUUUUAAAAUACCUAUACAUACUGUAUGUAGAUAUUUUUCCUUAACUGUAAAUUAUUUUUAUAUUUUAAAUCAUUUUUAUUUUCUGAAUUUGUUUUGUAAGCAUGAUGUUUGGUGUUCACAUGGGAAAACCACAACAGUGAGUCAGCUCCUACUCAACCUUAUUGAUCCGCUGUUCAUAUGCAUCCCAAAUGGCACCCUAUCCCUAAAAUAGUGCAUUACUUUUGACCGGAGCCAUGUUCAUCUGAAAAUGAUCCAACCCUCACUGGUCCUAUAUGCUGUUGGUACAGUACUCAGAUAUCAUGGUUGACAGAAACUAGUGAUAGAUUAAUAUAGGCAGAGAAUUCAGCAUUGAGCAUAAGAGAACAUCAAAAAUAUAUAUAAUAUAUCAAGCUGUCCUCAAAAAAAAAAAAAAAAAAAAAAAUUGUAAGAUUUGGUAAGAAACUCCGUUCUCCUUCAUUUAGUAUGAUACAUUACAUUAGGUUACAUUAUGAAUGGAAUAGCAGUUGUACAAUAUCAUAGAAAUGAGAGGACGUAGAGUAUUUGUUUUACCUGAUCAAACAAUAAAUAGCAUACGAAUUGGAUGUUGUAACUUAUAAUACAUCUUGGAGGACAUAUAGUAUUAUAAGUCUUUCUCUGAGACCAGAUUGCAUGUUGCGAAGAGAAUUCAGUAGGAUUAUAUGAUUGUUGUCCUUGGUGACAGAAAAAUCCAUUCUCACUCCUUGGAUGUUGAUGUCGGAGUAAAUGUAGAGAUCACUACAUACAAUGGACGAUUCCCAGCAAGCCUACAGGGUUGCAUUCAUUAUUGCGAACCGUAUCCAAACGCAGCAAACUGUUUUGCAACAGAAAACGAAAACGAGCAUUUCUUACAGGAUAAAGUCAGGAAGUCCCUUCCUGUUUUAGUAUGUUUUCUUUGUUUGGGGCCUAGUGAAUAUGACUCUGUUGUGUAAUGGAAAUAAGUGGAGAGACAGUAUACAGGCUAUUAGUGUUCUCUGUGUAUUGAAGAAUUAGAAAACACUGUCAGAGUAGAGGCAACAUAGAAUAGAUAUGCAAAAUUGUUGUUUUUCCUGUAUAUGGAAAUGGAAAUGUCAUGCAUACAUUGACUUACUCACAAACUCAUACAUACACACUUUCACGAACAUGGACUGACAGAUAUAGCCAUAACCGUUGACCUUUGCCACUCUCACCUCUAGUCUAAUUUUGAGUGAUGAAUGAACGAUGUACAACCCUGUCUGAAGAUAUAGUGGUAAAGGAAUUAGAGAGCCUGCUUCACUGAACAUACACUGAACAAACAUUUAAACACAACAUGUAAAGUUUUGGUACC